UCCCCGGGCCUUGCAGCCAGAAGCGGCGCCGCAUAGACCGGCUGACGGGGCCGCGGGCAGCGCUAGAUCCAUGCUCGGGACGCGGGACACAUGAACGAUGUGUGAAAUCUGCGCAGACCUGGUGGAGGUGUUAAACGAGAUAUCCGACUCUGAUGGAAGUGAUGAGUUACACCUCAGAAAAGAACAUGCUCUCAAGAUAUUUGCUUAUAUUAAUUCCUGGACACAAAGACAGUGUCUGUGCUGCUUUAAGGAGUAUAAACAUUUGGAGAUCUUUAACCAAGUGGUAUGUGCCCUUAUUAACUUGGUGAUCAGCCAAGUCCAAGCCCUGCGGGACCAGCUUUUGAAAAUUUGCACUACUAGCCCUGAUCCAAACUGGCAGGAUGAGAAUAACCCAUCCGAGGUGCUGCUGAAUGUGGAGAAGGAGCCUCAGGAGGAGGAGGAGGGGGAGGAGGGGCCGCCAGAACCAUGUAAGGCCCCUGAGAAGCCGUUAGAAGCUGCCAGGACUUGUAACCUUACAGAAGAAGACUCUGUGAAAAGCACUGACCUGUUUAGUUUAUGGAGUACUGACGAAAAAGAAAAACUUUUAUUAUGUGUGGCAAAAAUCUUUCAGAUACAAUUUCCCCUCUAUACAGCUUACAAGCAUAACACCCAUCCUACAAUAGAGGAUAUCUCUGCUCAAGAAAGCAAUCUCUUAGGGGCCUUCUGUGACAUGAAUGAUGUAGAAGUCCCUCUUCACCUUCUCCGUUACGUCUGUCUGUUCUGUGGGAAGAAUGGACUUUCUCUUAUGAAGGAUUGCUUUGAAUAUGGAUCCCCGGAUACUCUUCCCUUUUUGAUUGCUCAUGCAUUCAUCACAGUCGUAUCCAAUAUAAGAAUAUGGCUUCACAUCCCAGCUGUUAUGCAACAUAUUAUACCAUUCAGGACCUAUGUUAUAAGGUAUUUGUGUAAACUGUCUGACCAGGAACUACGGCAAAGUGCAGCUCGCAACAUGGCUGACCUAAUGUGGAGCACAGUGAAGGAGCCCCUGGACACUGCUUUGUGCUUUGACAAAGAAAGCCUUGACUUGGCAUUCAAAUACUUUAUGUCACCCACACUAACAAUGAGGCUUGCUGGACUGAGUCAGAUAACGAAUCAGCUGCAUACGUUCAAUGACGUCUGCAACAAUGAGUCCUUGGUUUCUGACACAGAGACAUCUAUAGCCAAGGAGCUCGCAGACUGGCUCAUCAGCAAUAAUGUUGUAGAACAUAUUUUUGGACCAAACCUACACAUUGAGAUCAUCAAGCAGUGCCAAGUUAUUCUAAAUUUUUUAGCAGCAGAGGGUCGCUUGAGCACACAGCACAUAGACUGUAUCUGGGCAGCAGCACAGUUAAAACAUUGUAGUCGCUAUAUCCAUGAUUUAUUUCCUUCAUUAAUUAAAAACUUGGAUCCUGUGCCUCUAAGACAUCUUCUGAAUCUCGUAUCUGGCCUUCACCCGAGUGCACACACAGAACAGACAUUGUAUUUGGCAUCCAUGUUAAUAAAAGCUCUCUGGAACAAUGCCCUUGCUGCUAAAGCCCAACUUUCUAAACAAAGCUCAUUUGCAUCAUUAUUAAAUAACAAUUUACCUAUGGGCAAUAAAAAGGGAUCACCGGCAGCCAGUCCACAGAGCAGUGACAACAGUGACACCCACCAUAGUGGAGGAAGUGACAUAGAAAUGGAUGAGCAAAUCAUGAACAGAUCCAAGCAUGUACAGCAGCGAUUGUCUGAUACUGAGGAAUCCAUGCAAGGGAGCUCAGAUGAGACUGCAAACAGUGGUGAAGAUGCAAGUAGUGGACCCGGGAGUAGCAGUGGGCACAGUGAUGGGUCAAGCAACGAAGUAAAUUCCAGUCAUGCCAGUCAGUCUGCGGGAAGUCCAGGCAGCGAGGUGCACUCAGAGGAUAUAGCAGAUAUGGAAGCCUUAAAAGAGGAGGAGGAGGAUGAAGAGCAUUCCCACAACCCACCAAAAAAUAGCAGAGUAGUUGACCUGCAGAAGAGAAAAUUGGAAUCUCAAGCGGGUAUUUGUUUGGGGGAGCUCCAGGGGCCAACGGACGUGGGUUCAGCAAGUAAUGGGACUUGCAAGGACCUGGUUUUUAAUUCAGAGUCUGUUCAACCAGGUGAUAGUCGCAUUCGCAUCCUGGAUGCCUGCUCCCACGCCGAAGAACCUGAGCACGACAUGACAGGAGAGAUGAGCGGUGGCCACAUACAGGGCUCUCACGAUACCUGCAUCGCACGAACAGGAGACUUCCUUGGAGAGACCAUUGGGAAUGAGCUGUUUAACUGCAGACGGUUUAUUGGCCCCCAGCAUCAUCACCACCACCACCAUCAUCAUCACCACCAUCAUCACCACCACCACGAGGGGCACAUGGUGGACGACAUGUUAAGCGCAGAUGACGUUAGUUGUAGCAGCUCUCAAGUAAGUGCAAAGUCUGAAAAGAACAUGGCUGACUUUGAUGGAGAAGAAUCUGGCUGUGAAGAAGAGCUUGUGCAGAUUAAUUCACAUGCGGAGCUGACCUCCCACCUGCAGCAGCACCUCCCCAACCUGGCUUCUAUCUACCAUGAACACCUCAGCCAAGGUCCUUCCGUUCAUAAACACCAAUACAACAGCAAUGCAGUGGUGGACAUCAAUCUAGAUAAUGUAUGUAAGAAGGGCAACACUCUUCUGUGGGACCUGGUUCAGGAUGAGGACGCAGUCCACCUGUCUGAAGGCUUAAUAAAUGAGGCAGAAAAACUUCUUUGCUCUUUGGUUUGUUGGUUUACAGACAGGCAAAUAAGAAUGCGAUUCAUAGAGGGCUGCCUAGAAAACCUUGCUAACAAUAGGUCUGUUGUUGUCUCCCUUCGACUGCUGCCUAAGUUGUUUGGUACCUUUCAGCAGUUUGGAAGCAGUUAUGAUACCCACUGGAUAACAAUGUGGGCAGAGAAGGAGUUAAAUAUGAUGAAGCUAUUUUUUGACAAUUUGGUGCACUAUAUCCAGUCUAUUCGAGAUGGGAGGCACAAGCAUGUUUUGUACAGCCACAGUGCAGAGGUGCAAGUUCGUCUUCAGUUUUUAACAUGUGUGUUCUCAACAUUAGGCUCACCAGAUCAUUUCAGAAUGAGUUUAGAGCAAGUGGACAUCCUCUGGCACUGCUUAGUAGAAGACUUAGAGUGUUACGACGAUGCAUUACAUUGGUUCCUAAAUCAGGUUCGCAGCAAGGAUCAGCAUGCUAUGGGGAUGGAAACUUACAAGCACCUCUUCUUAGAAAAGAUGCCACAGCUGAAACCUGAAACCAUCAGCAUGACUGGCCUAAACCUCUUCCAGCACCUGUGCAAUCUAGCUCGAUUAGCCACUAGCGCCUACGAUGGUGGCUCAAACUCAGAGUUAUGUGGAAUGGACCAGUUUUGGGGCAUUGCUCUAAGAGCCCACACUGGGGAUGUCAGCCGUGCUGCAAUCCAAUACAUUAAUUCUUAUUAUAUAAAUGGUAAGACAGGGUUAGAGAAAGAACAUGAGUUUAUUAGUAAAUGUAUGGAAAGCCUUAUGAUUGCCUCCAGUAAUCUUGAGCAAGAUGCCCAGUCGAGCCUUACUAUUAUUGAGCGGGGGCUGUUGAUGCUGAAAACACACCUUGAAGCUUUUAGAAGACGCUUUGCCUACCAUCUACGGCAGUGGCAGAUUGAAGGUACUGGUAUCAGCAGUCACUUGAAGGCUCUGAAUGAUAAGCAGUCAUUACCCCUACGGAUUGUGUGCCAGCCAGCAGGACUUCCGGAUAAGAUGACUAUAGAAAUGUAUCCAAGCGACCAAGUAGCUGAUUUGAGGGCGGAAGUAACCCAUUGGUAUGAAAACUUGCAGAAAGAUCAGAUGAACCAACAGCCCCAACUUCAGGAGUUUGGGCAGAGUAGCCGUAAGGGGGAUUUUCCUGGUGGAUUGAUGGGUCCAGUUCGCAUGAUUUCAUCUGGCCAUGAACUAACAACAGAUUAUGAUGAAAAGACCCUUCAUGAGCUGGGGUUUAAGGAUAUGCAGAUGGUGUUUGUGUCUCUGGGUGCACCACGCCGAGAAAGAAAAGGAGAAAGUGUUCAGCUUCCUGCUUCAUGUCUGCCCCCACCACAGAAGGAAAACAUCCCCAUGCUUCUCCUUUUACAAGAACCUCAUCUUACCACGCUAUUUGAUUUGUUGGAAAUGUUAGCUUCCUUUAAACCUCCUUCUGCAGAAAUGGAUUUAUUGGACAUUGAAAGUGCAAGGUGUGAAGAACUUCAUCUUCAUGCUGAAAACCUUUCCAGGCGUGUAUGGGAGCUCCUGAUGUUACUUCCUACAUGUCCUAAUAUGUUGCAGGCAUUCCAGAAUGUGUCAGAGGAGCAGGGAAAUGAUGGGCCUUGCUGGAAAGACUUGCUUCGAAUAAAAAGUGCACACAAGCUUUUGUAUGCUCUUGAAAUUAUUGAGGCACUGGGAAAGCCAAACAGGAGGAUUAGAAGAGAGUCCACGGGUAGUUUUAGUGAUUUGUAUCCAGACUCCGAUGACUCCAGUGAAGAUCAGAUUGAAAACAGUAAAAACACAUGGAGCUGCAAGUUUGUUGCUGCAGGGGGUCUUCAACAGCUGAUUGAAAUAUUUAAUUCUGGAAUUUUGGAGCCCAAGGAACAAGAGUCUUGGACUGUGUGGCAGCUGGAUUGUUUAGCAUGUUUGCUGAAGUUGAUAUGUCAGUUUGCUGUGGACCCAACAGAUCUGGAUUUGGCAUAUCAUGACGUAUUUGCUUGGUCAGGGAUAGCAGAGAGCCACAGAAAAAGGACGUGGCCUGGCAAAUCCAGAAAAUCAACGGCAGAUCACUCAAAGGGCCUUCAUAUACCACGCUUAACGGAGGUUUUUCUAGUUCUUGUCCAAGGGACCUGUUUGAUUCAGCGCUUAAUGUCUGUUGCUUAUACGUAUGAUAACUUAGCCCAAAGGGUACUGAAGGCACAGUCUGACCAUCGUUCUAGGCAUGAAGUUACACAUUAUUCAAUGUGGCUUUUAGUUAGCUGGGCCCAUUGUUGUUCUGCUGUGAAAUCCAGCCUUGCAGACAGUGACAAUUUACAAGACUGGCUUAAAAAAUUAACUCUUCUUAUUCCUGAGACUGCGGUACGUCACGAAUCAUGCAAUGGUCUAUACAAACUGUCCCUUUCUGGUUUGGAUGGUGGUGAUUCAAUAAAUAGAUCAUUUUUGCUUCUGGCUGCAUCAACAUUGUUAAAGUUUCUUCCUGAUGCUCAAGCACUAAAACCUAUUUGGGUUGAAGAUUAUGAGGAAGAAACUAUUUUACGACCUGGAUGUAAAGAAUAUUUUUGGUUACUGUGUAAACUGAUUGAUAACAUCCAUGUCAAAGAUGCCAGCCAGACAACAUUGCUUGAUUUAGAUGCACUAGCGCGACAUUUGGCUGACUGCAUUCGCAGCAGAGAAAUUCUGGAUUACCAGGAUGGCAAUGUAGAAGAUGAUGGUAUGACAGGACUCCUGAGGUUGGCCACCAGUGUCAUCAAACAUAAACCGCCUUUCAAAUUUUCUAGAGAAGGACAGGAGUUCCUCAGAGAUGUCUUUAAUCUCCUGUUCAUGUUACCAAGUUUAAAGGACAGACUGCAGCCCAAAUGUAAAUCUCAUUCUUCCCGAGCGGCAGCAUAUGACCUCUUAGUGGAAAUGGUAAAGGGCUCAGUGGAGAACUACAGGCUGUUACACAACUGGGUAAUGGCACAGCACAUGCAGUCGUCCCAUGCACCUUACAAAUGGGACUACUGGCCACAUGAUGAUGUCCGGGCUGAGUGCAGGUUUGUUGGACUCACAAAUCUCGGAGCAACUUGUUACUUGGCAUCAACCAUUCAGCAGCUGUACAUGAUACCCGUGGCAAGGCAAGCCAUCUUUACUGCCAAGUACUCAGAUGAUAUUAAACAUAAGACAACCUUGCUGGAACUUCAGAAAAUGUUUACUUAUUUAAUGGAGAGUGAAUGUAAAGCUUAUAACCCCAAACCCUUCUGCAAAACCUAUACCAUGGACAAACAGCCACUGAACACAGGAGAGCAGAAAGACAUGACAGAGUUCUUUACAGAUCUCAUUACUAAGAUUGAAGAAAUGUCUCCUGAACUGAAAAACACGGUCAAAAGUUUAUUUGGAGGUGUAAUUACCAAUAACGUUGUGUCUUUGGAUUGUGAACACGUAAGUCAAACUGCUGAAGAAUUCUACACAGUCAGAUGUCAGGUGGCAGAUAUGAAAAACAUCUAUGAAUCCUUGGAUGAAGUCACUAUCAAGGACACAUUGGAAGGUGACAACAUGUACACCUGUUCCCACUGUGGAAAGAAGGUGCGAGCAGAGAAAAGAGCUUGUUUUAAGAAGUUGCCACGGAUAUUAAGUUUCAAUACAAUGCGGUACACAUUUAACAUGGUCACCAUGAUGAAGGAAAAGGUCAAUACUCAUUUCUCCUUCCCUCUGCGACUUGACAUGACUCCUUACACUGAGGAUUUUUUAAUGGGAAAAAACGAUCGAAUAGAAGGGUUAAAAGAAGAUGGAGAAGAGCCGAAGGAAGCUGAGAGCUAUGAGUACGAUUUGAUAGGUGUCACUGUUCACACUGGUACAGCCGAUGGGGGUCAUUACUACAGCUUCAUUAGAGACAUUGUGAACCCACAUGCUUACAAAAAUAAUAAGUGGUAUCUUUUUAAUGACGCUGAAGUGAAGCCCUUUGAUUCAGCUCAACUUGCUUCAGAAUGUUUUGGUGGGGAAAUGACAACAAAAACAUAUGACUCUGUUACAGAUAAAUUUAUGGACUUCUCUUUUGAAAAGACCCACAGUGCGUAUAUGCUGUUCUAUAAACGUGUGGAACCAGAGGAAGAAACCAGCAAAGAAGUGAAAUUUGAUGUCUCUUCGGAACUUCUCGAGUGGAUCUGGCAUGAUAACAUGCAAUUUCUACAGGACAAGAAUAUUUUUGAGCACACAUAUUUUGGGUUUAUGUGGCAGUUGUGCAGCAGUAUCCCAAGCACGCUACCAGAUCCUAAAGCAGUAUCGCUGAUGACUGCCAAGCUUAGUACAUCAUUUGUUUUGGAGACCUUCAUUCAUUCAAAAGAGAAGCCCACAAUGCUUCAGUGGAUUGAACUACUGACAAAGCAGUUUAACAACAGCCAGGCAGCGUGUGAGUGGUUCCUGGACCGAAUGGCUGAUGAUGACUGGUGGCCAAUGCAGAUACUGAUCAAGUGCCCGAAUCAGAUUGUGAGACAGAUGUUCCAGCGUCUCUGCAUCCAUGUUAUCCAGAGGCUGCGAUCAGCACAUGCUCAUUUGUACCUGCAGCCUGGCAUAGAAGAUGGCUCUGAUGACAUGGAUGGGCCUGUAGAGGAUAUUGGAAGCCGCUCCUGUGUUACUCGGUUUGUGAAAACUUUGUUGUCAAUAAUGGAGCAUGGAGUAAAACCACACAGCAAGCACUUGACUGAGUACUUCGCCUUUCUGUAUGAAUUUGUCAAAAUGGGAGAGGAAGAGAGCCAAUUUUUACUGUCUCUACAAGCUAUAUCAACCAUGGUGCAUUUUUACAUGGGAACCAAAGGGCCAGAAAAUCCACAGGUUGAAGUAUUGUCUGAGGAGGAAGAAGGAGAAGAGGAGGAGGAAGAAGAUAUUCUUUCUCUUGCUGAAGAAAAGUACAGGCCAGCUGCUUUGGAAAAGAUGAUAGCUCUGAUAGCUUUCCUUGUGGAACAGUCUCGUUCAGAAAGGCAUCUUACUCUGUCACAGAAUGACAUGGCGGCAUUGACAGGUGGAAAGGGUUUUCCCUUUCUGUUCCAACAUAUACGGGAUGGAAUUAACAUCAGGCAAACCUGUAAUCUCAUUUUCAGUCUUUGCCGAUACAACAACCGUCUCGCAGAGCAUAUCGCAUCAAUGCUGUUUACAUCCAUAGCAAAGCUGACGCCAGAGGCUGCUAAUCCUUUCUUCAAACUGCUUACGAUGAUCAUGGAGUUUGCUGGAGGACCACCAGGAAUGCCUCCAUUUGCCUCCUACAUCUUGCAAAGAAUAUGGGAGGUUAUCGAGUACAAUCCAUCUCAGUGCUUAGAUUGGCUGGCAGUGCAAACUCCUCGAAACAAGCUGGCACACAGCUGGGUGUUACAGAACAUGGAGAACUGGGUGGAACGUUUCUUACUGGCUCACAACUAUCCAAGAGUGAGAACAUCUGCAGCCUACCUGCUGGUGUCCCUGAUCCCGAGUAACUCCUUUCGUCAGAUGUUUAGAUCAACUCGUUCUCUUCACAUUCCUACACGAGACCUGCCCCUUAGUCCAGACACGACUGUUGUGCUUCAUCAGGUGUACAAUGUCCUCCUGGGCCUACUUUCUAGAGCAAAGCUUUAUGUUGAUGCUGCUGUGCAUGGCACUACCAAACUGGUGCCAUAUUUUAGUUUCAUGACUUAUUGUUUAAUUUCCAAAACUGAAAAGCUUAUGUUCUCUACGUAUUUUAUGGAUUUGUGGAACCUCUUCCAGCCCAAGCUGUCUGAACCAGCCAUAGCCACAAACCACAAUAAACAAGCACUCCUUUCUUUCUGGCACAACAUAUGUGUUGACUGUCCCGAGAAUGUGCGCCUUAUUGUUCAGAACCCUGUCGUCACCAAGAACAUUGCCUUUAAUUAUAUUUUGGCUGACCAUGAUGACCAAGAUGUGGUGCUCUUCAAUCGUGGCAUGCUGCCUGCCUAUUAUGGUAUUCUCCGCAUGUGCUGUGAGCAGUCUCCCGCCUUCACUCGACAACUUGCCUCACACCAGAACAUUCAGUGGGCCUUCAAAAACCUCACACCACAUGCCAGCCAGUACCCUGCGGCUGUGGAAGAAUUGUUUAACCUCAUGCAGCUGUUUGUAGCUCAGAGACCGGACAUGAGAGAAGAAGAGCUUGAAGAUAUCAAGCAGUUUAAGAAAACAACAAUAAGUUGCUAUUUACGUUGCUUAGAUGGUCGGUCCUGUUGGACUACAUUAAUAAGUGCCUUCAGAAUAUUAUUAGAGUCUGAUGAGGACAGGCUCCUCGUUGUAUUUAACAGAGGCUUAAUAUUAAUGACAGAGUCCUUUAACACUUUGCAUAUGAUGUACCAUGAAGCUACAGCAUGCCAUGUGACUGGGGACUUAGUGGAGCUUUUGUCCAUAUUUCUUUCUGUCCUUAAGUCCACACGUCCUUAUCUUCAGAGGAAAGAUGUGAAGCAGGCACUCAUCCAAUGGCAGGAAAGAAUUGAAUUUGCUCAUAAACUCCUAACCCUAUUAAAUUCUUAUAGUCCACCAGAGCUUAGAAAUGCCUGCAUAGAUGUUCUCAAAGAGCUUGUGCUCUUAAGUCCCCAUGAUUUCUUGCACACCUUGGUUCCAUUUCUCCAGCACAACCAUUGUACUUACCAUCACAGCAAUAUCCCAAUGUCCCUUGGCCCCUACUUCCCAUGCCGUGAAAAUAUGAAACUUAUAGGAGGAAAAAGCAAUAUUCGUCCUCCCCGACCAGAACUCAAUAUGUGCCUCUUGCCCACAAUGGUUGAAUCCAGCAAGGGUAAAGAUGAAGUAUAUGACCGCAUGCUGCUGGAUUACUUGUCUUCAUAUCACCAGUUCAUCCAUCUCCUGUGCCGUGUGGCAAUCAAUUGUGAAAAGUUUACUGAGGCUUUGAUUAAGCUGAGUGUCUUGAUCGCUUAUGAAGGGCUGUCCUUGCACCUUGCAUUGUUUCCAAAACUGUGGACUGAGUUAUGCCAAACACAGUCUCCACUGGCAAAAAACUGCAUCAAGCUGCUGUGUGAGGAUCCAGUUUUUGCCGAAUAUAUUAAAAGUAUUUUAAUGGAUGAACGUGUGUUUCUCAAUAAUAACGUGGUCUACACAUUCCUGACUCAUUUUCUAGUUAAGGUUCAGAGUCAGGUCUUUUCUGAUACAUCUUGUGCAAGUCUCAUAACCACAAUAAUAACGCAUCUCAUAAAUCAGUAUCAAAAUGUAGAGUCGGAUUUUAUUAGCAGAAUUGAAAUUUCCAAAGCAAGCAGCACUUUAAAUGGGGAUCUUAGAGCACUGAUUCUACUCCUUUCAGUUCACACUCCAAAACAGUUGAACACAGCCUUAAUACCAACUUUACAGGAUCUCCUGAGCAAAUGCAGAGCCUGUCAGCAGCAAAGAAAUUCAUUACAAGAGCAAGAAUCCAAAGAUGGCAAAGCUAAAGAUGAUGAAGGUGCUACUCCAGUAAAACGGAGGCGGGUUAGCAGUGAUGAGGAUCACAUGGUAGACAGCUGUAUAGGUGAUCUGAAAAACGAACGUGAGGCAUCCACACCGACAAGCACAUCUGAUAAUGAGACAAGAGACUCUUCUAUCAUUGAUCCAGGAACAGAACAGGAUCCUCCAUCUCCCUCCCCUCUGUCUACUAAGGAAUAUAGAAUAGAAGUGUCUUCUUCAUUUACUGAAGAUGUACUGCUGCCUGCACGGCCACAACCUACAGAAGAUCAGCUUGGCAACAGCGCCAAAUAUGAAGAUGGCAAAGAAAUAAAAGAACUCCAGAGUCCUAAGGAGACUAAUGUAAUGGAGGAAGACAAUGAGCUCCCUUCCACUUCCAUAUCUGCUGUGUUGGCUGACUUAGCAGACUUACGGGGAUGUGAUGGUCAGCCGUCGCCCACACAGGACAGUCAGGAGCUCAGCCUGUCACUAAAUUGUGAGCAUUCCAGGGGACUUUUUAGUCAUAUACAACAAAAUGACAUUUUAGAUACCCUGUGCAGGACCAUUGAGUCCACAAUUCUCGUGGUCUCGAGGAUAUCAGGAAAAGAAAACAAAGCUGCUUCUUGACAUUAGUUGUAGCAUGUCUGCUUUUAAGUCUUUAUUUUUUUUAAAGCUGUUUGUAUACAUUUUUGCAGGUUUUUUCCAGUUUUUUUUCCCUUUUGUGCUUAAGUUUGUCAAGUGCUUUCUGCUUGGAUGGCAAGAUAGAUUUAUAUGCUUUAUUCUUGGUCAGGCAGAAGUCAAGAAAAAAAAUUGCAUCUGCAGUACACUUUGUAAAGGCCAAUCAUAAUGGUUAUGUUUUAUGUAAUUCAGGUUCGCUGUAGUGGCUUUCAUUAAAUGGCCGCUUGAAAUAAUAGGGGGGCCCCUAACUCAAUAUGAUGUAAUUUAAACUUGUCAUUUUUACCGUGUAUAAUAUGGUGUCCUCUGUGCCAGUUUUGUACCUUAUAAUAGAGGCAGUAGCCUCAAAUCUCUGUGGUUCUUAUUAUCAAAAUUAAGUUUACUUGUUCUAAACCACAAGAAAUUUGAUUCUGUAAAGAAUCCUCUCUAGCUGUGGCCUGGCAGUAUAUAUGGUGCUUUAUUUAACAGAAUACCUGUGGAGGAAAUAAAGCACAUUUGAUGUAAAGAAAAAAAGAAGACAAAAAAACAAAUAAUUGUUUUAUUUUAUUGAUAUGAUUGAUCGCUAUUCUGUGCACUUCAUUAAACUAAUUGUGACGACUUUUCA